UGUUCCGCUAAGUACGUCACUUGAACACCUUUCUUUACUACAGCUUCCACCCAAACAUCAAUUUGGAUAACUCUCGGAAAUCGUCAUUAUUCCCCUAUUUCUCUUGGAAUACUGAGCAUAUUGAGUUGUCUGUUUCCGCUCAUACGUCGGCACACUACAUAACGACGACCUUGUAGUACCUUGUUCUGCCCCACUUCUCCAACCGAUCCCAUCCAUACUCAAUCCCACUUCGAAUCUCUCUACACCUCUCUACACCUCUCUACAACUCUUGCCACGACACUACCAUGGCUCCCUCCGAUUUGGACCAGCUCAUUGAAAUGGGCUUCGAUAAGGAACGAGCCGAGUUGGCCGUUACCAAGAGCGGUGGUCUCCAGGGUGCUUUAGAAUGGCUCGAAGCGAACCAAGACAAAUCUUUAGAGGAGAUAAAGGCCGAUGCCAAUAAUGAUGAUGAGGAAGAGGGCCCUCAGCUUCAACCAGGCGAGGAAGCUAGGAGCCUGGUCUGCAACGACUGUGGAAAGAAAUUUCGAAGCCAUGCACAAGCGGAAUUCCACGCUUCCAAGUCUCAACAUGUUGAUUUCUCUGAAUCUACGGAGGAACUCAAGCCUCUCACGGAGGAGGAAAAGAAAGCUAAGCUGGAGGAGCUCAGACAAAGGCUGGCAGCGAAGCGAUCGGUGCAGUCUGAGCAGGAUAAGAUUGACCAGAAGAGAAAUGAAGAAAUCCGACGAAAGAGCACUAAAGAAUCCCAAGAUGUGAAGGAGGAGCUCCAGAGGAAGCAAAUGAUGAAGGAAGCAGAGAAGAAGAAACAGGAGAAGCUGGCAGACAUCGAAGCGAAACGACGUGUCAAGGCGAAGAUUGAGGCUGAUAAAGAAGAGCGGCGACGGAAGGCUGAGCGGGAGCGCGCAGAACGAGCGGGUGUCGUACCUCCAGCUGAACCAGCUUCUACUCCAUUGGCCACAAGCUCGGGCCCUUCCACUUCGAAGCCCGCAUCUGCCUACACUGAAACUCGUCUGAGAUUCCAAACCUCUAAAGGAAACAUUAUGAAAACGCUUCCUGUCACGACCACGCUGUUCGAGGUUGCUGCUGCUCUUAAGCAGGAGGAUGGCAUUGACGUUCAGAGUUUCUUGCAGACCUUCCCAAGAAAGGUCUUCGAUUCUGAAUUCUACGGCGAGUCGCUAAAGGACCUUGGCCUUACGCCCAGUGCAAGCCUCGUAGUCCAGUGAGUGGCUCUUGUUGGAGGUAUCAGCCACAGGCGGGAGUAAAUAUUUAUCAAGAAUAGUAAUGGCAAGAAGAACAUUGAUACCACGAGAAAACCA